AUGAAUACUUUACAUCACAAAGACCAGCAAGCUGCAGAAGGCCUAGCCAGUUUGUCCAAAAUCUACGGCGAUAUGGACCGCUACCGAGGCGACGUCAUGUCUCAACACCCUUCCCCCGACCUGCCCGUGCCUAAGAAUGUCGCUUUCGAGCUUCUUCUUGAUGAAAAUUCCAAGGUCCGGGCUCGGAUUCCAAUGAGAGUCCAGAUCUUCCCCCAUGACACAACUGACUCUAUUGUCACCACUGUGAAAAACUUCUACGGCAUCUAUGAUGGCGUCGCUAGCGGUGUUAGUUUUGAAGAUGAGCAUGGUACUACGCUCAUUGCGAGGUAUGAGAAUUUGAAGAACAACAUGACUGUGUAUGUGCGGGUGAUUCCCGCACAUGGCUAUUCUGAUAACUACGAACAACACUUCUAUGGAACUGCUCCAAUGGAUUCUCGCAAGCGCCCUUCCCUUGGCGAGCCGUUCCAGAUGGCACCGCCUCAAACCUCUCAGGCUCUCGAGUAUUCCCGACCACCCUCUCGCCCCUCGUCACGCACCCGCCGGACAAGCGCAUCCCCAUCUGGUCGCGGUCGUCGAAGUGCCUCUCAGAACAAAGGGCCUUCGAGGGCUGGCAUUAAGAGCAGAGGAUCCAGCGCACAUGGCAGCUUUGUCGAUGAGUCUCUUGCUGCCUACAGUGACAGCGAGGGCGGCCAUGGGUCCAUUAAUGGCUCUAGAAAAGCCAGAAGCGAGCAGUUUGCGAGCUCGGAAAUUAGCAUGGAGAAUAUAGUCCAAGAAAGCCGUCGCAAGAAGCCCAAGUUUGAGAGCUCCGAAUUGCCGCUCUUCGUACCGCCCCAAGUUCCUCUGACAACCUCGACAUCCUCAAUCUCUCCUCAGCGACGAUCCACUGGCCAGGACGGUGAGCCAUCUCCAUUCACCAGGCCCGUCCAACGCCCGUUCAUCAACCGAGCCCCGUUACCCUCCCCUCAGAGCUACGGUUAUAGCGAAAAUGCGUAUGGAAGCAGCUCGACGAAAAGCUCCAUUUACUCCACUCCCAUCUUUCCAGAACACGGGACUCGACUGCGCCCUUCUGCCCCAUACCUUAGCUCUGGCAAUCAGCAAACAGUUCCUGGGAUUCUCCCAACCCCAGACCCAACUAUCGCUAGCUGCAUCUCAGACGAAGAUGUGGCAAUGCAACUGAUUCGUCUCGGCGAUGCGUCCAACUUCUCCCAUGGUCGGAACUCUACUUCGACGUUGGACGACGCCUUGAGUGGUGCCGCCGACGCCUCGUCGACUGCGGGAACAAGCGAUGGAGAGUUUAGUGAAAAUGAAGACGACGACGAACUUCCCGCUCGGUCGAAGGCUAUUCAAUCCAGUCCCCUUCUGCCACCGGGGCACAUCAAGCACAGUCAUAAACAACUGGACGAUAUUUUGCCCAGUUAUGACAGUACUGAGCCUAGCGGGGACGAAUAUGACCAUGAAUUCCAGGCUGGUCAUCGUGUCAAGAAUGAAUACGCCGAGGAAAACAUUGAUGAUCUCGAUGCACCUCGCGCGAAAAAGCAAAAGGUCAAGUCCAACGGCACUGUAUCUACUAAGAGUCGCCUACAAAAGUCUAUUUCACGAAAUGGCAAGGUUGUCAAGGGCCGAAACAGUGCAGUCCCCCGCAAGCCUAAGCCGGGUUUACCGGCCUUUAUUGAACCAAAGGCCGAUGCAACCACGCAGGCAUUGAGCCCUACUCCAUCUCGCAAGACCUCUGGGUCUACUGCCAACUUCCAGCAUCAACUUGCCGCCGACGAAGAGGACCUCUCCACAAAGCCCCGGUGCCAGCGUUGCCGCAAGAGCAAAAAGGGAUGCGAUCGCCAGCGCCCCUGUGGCAGGUGCAAGGAUGCUGGAAUAGGCAUCGAGGGGUGUGUCAGCGAGGAUGAAGGUAAUGGACGUAAAGGUCGUUACGGACGUCAUAUGGGUGUGCCAGUCAAGAAAGUCCUGGACCCAAAUAACCCGGAUGAAGACAUUGAGGUUAUGCCUUCUUCAACAAUCGCGAUUGAGCCACUUCUCGAGAAUUCGGUCGACAAGAAUAAGAAGCGCAAGCGCUGA